AUGUCUAACCCAUUCGACUUGCUAGGUAACGACGUCGAAGACGCCACCGUCGUGGCUCCACAACCUCCAAAGGAGAUCGUCAAGAAGACCACUUCUUCCAAGAAGUCUGACGUUCCUCCUCCAUCUGCGGACCCAUCCAAAGCCAACAAAAACAGACCAAAGCCAACUGGUAACGAGGCUGCCUACAAAGACAAAACCGGUGGCAGAAAGAACAACAAAUCCAAAGACGCUCCGGCUGAGACCUCUGGUGCCAAAAGAGCCUCCCACGCCGCCAGAAGAUCUACUGACCGUCAAUCCAGAACCGGUAAGGUCGACACUGACAAGAGAGUCAGACAAGGCUGGGGUGACAACAAGAACGAAGUCAGCGAAGAGGCUGCUGCCGAAGUCGAUGCUCAAGCCGAAAUUGAAGCCGACAAGGCCGAAGAGGAGGCCCCAGUUUCUAACAAGAAGUCUUUGCAAGAUUACUUGGACGAAGUCAACAAGAACGAGUUCAACAAGACCCCAGCUCGCAAGACCGUUGAUCAAUUGGACGACGCCGAACUGUUGGUCAAGAAGGAAGAAGUUUACGCUGAACCAACUAAGGUCAAGACCUUGAAGUCCAAGCAAUUGAAAUCCAAGCAAUACUUGGACUUCAACGUUUCUUUUGCUGACUCUCAAUCUACCGCCAAGCCAAAAAAGUUCGACAACAAAGGCCCAAGGCGUGGUGGCAAGCCAAAGGCUUCCCAGAACGCUGGUGAAGAAAAGCCUGCUGUCAACGCCAAGAACUUCCCAUCUUUGGCCUAA